UGUCCGUCGCGCGUGAUCGCGAGGAACACGACGACGUGUGCGGCUAGAGAACUCGUGAUCGAGCUGCCAUGGUGACGCGACUUGUGCAAAGUUCCCAUUCAGUCAAGUGCCCGGUGAAUUACUCUCGCUCGAGUGCCCGGUGAAUUACGAGAGUUUGGCUGUAAAUUGGAACGUCGUCGUCGUCGUCGUCGUCGUCGAUGAGUCGGACGGAAAAAGCCCGCAUCCACCAGCGAUAACUUUGCAACACGUACAGCACACACACGCCUCAGCGUUGUUUACGCCUCGCGUUUUGAUACGCGGCCAGAUCUCGCUCGCGCACGUGUUAUUUAAUUUUAUAAUGCGAAGGACUGCGACCAGAGAGUCCCGCGCGUGUCGCAACACGCACUUCGGUAAUUCCUGCCCGCCACGUCAAGAGUUACAAGCGGUACUGCCGAAUGAUGGCUGAAAAGAUGACUGAGGAGCCAGCUCAAAAGUUUAUAAAACCUGGCAGCCACAAAGGCAAGGGCCUUGCUGUAUUCACCAGUGGAGGCGACUCUCAAGGAAUGAACGCCGCCGUACGAGCGGUCGUGAGGAUGGGCAUCUAUCUCGGGUGCAAAGUGUUCUUCAUCAAGGAGGGUUAUCAAGGAAUGGUGGACGGCGGAGCGUACAUUGAAGAGGCAACGUGGUCGUCUGUGUCUUGCAUCAUCCACAAAGGUGGUACAGUGAUCGGCUCCGCACGGUGCAAGGACUUUAGAGAGCGUGCCGGUCGCCGGAAGGCUGCUAAGAACUUGGUGACCCGCGGAAUAACGAACCUGGUGGUGAUUGGUGGAGAUGGCUCGCUCACAGGCGCAAAUCUGUUCAAGGAGGAAUGGCCCGAGCUGCUGAAGGAGCUUGUUGAUUCUGGCGAUAUUACUGCUGAGCAGAGCGAAAAGCACAAGCAUCUGCAUAUUGUGGGAAUGGUGGGCUCUAUCGACAAUGACUUCUGCGGAACAGAUAUGACAAUCGGCACCGACUCGGCGUUGCAUCGUAUCAUCGAGAGUAUAGAUGCUAUUGUUAGCACAGCUUACUCUCACCAGAGAACGUUUAUAAUGGAAGUAAUGGGUCGGCAUUGCGGGUAUCUGGCUAUCGUGGGCGCUCUAGCUGCGGAGGCCGAUUAUGUUUUCUUCCCGGAAUGUCCGCCUCCCGUCGACUGGCCCGAAAAAUUAUGUAGAAAGUUGGAGCAGGAGAGACUUACUGGGCAACGACUCAAUAUUAUUAUCGUUGCUGAAGGAGCUGUCGACAGGAAUGGCGAUCCAAUUACUGCCGAGAAGGUACACAAAGUAGUUGUGGAAAAGCUACAGCAAGACACGAGGAUCACUGUGUUGGGUCAUGUACAAAGAGGUGGUAAUCCUUCUGCCUUCGAUAGAGUUUUGGGAUGUAGAAUGGGAGCUGAAGCUGUGAUGGCUUUAAUGGAGGCGACACCCGAAACUGAAGCGUGUGUUGUUACACUGGAUGGUAAUCAAGCCGUAAGAUUGCCACUUAUGGAAUGUGUUCGUCGUACGAAAGCCGUAGCGCAAGUAAUGGCCGAUAAAAAUUGGGACCUUGCAGUUCAGCUUCGAGGAAAAGGCUUCGAACGUAAUCUAGAAACCUACAAGAUGUUGACACGCUUGAAAGCUCCAGUAGAAAGUUCCGAUCCAACCAAGGAAGUUAUUAAUGGGUGCGCAUUACCGAAGCAAUACACUUUAUGUGGACAAGAUCAUUAUACAUUGGCGGUCAUGCAUAUUGGAUCACCGUCUUGCGGUAUGAAUGCUGCGGUUCGCUCCUUCGUGAGGAAUUGUAUCUAUCGAGGUGAUAAGGUGUAUGGUAUCUGCGACGGAGUGAUGGGUCUCAUUGGCGGUAGAUUGAAACUGAUGGAUUGGCCUUCAGUCACCGGUUGGGUUGCACAAGGUGGCGCUUACCUGGGAACAAAACGCGCGCCACCCACAGAAGAACAGUUGCCGCAAAUCGCUCAGAAGCUUAAAGAAUUCGGCAUUCAAGCAUUGUUGAUCAUAGGUGGAUUCGAGGGAUAUCAAACUGGUCUGAUGUUCUACAAAGCGAGAGACAAGUAUGAGGAGUUCCGUAUUCCUAUCGCCAUGAUCCCCGCGACUAUCAGUAAUAAUGUACCAGGGACGGAGUUUUCUUUGGGCUGUGAUACAGCUUUGAAUGAAAUUACGGAAAUUUGUGAUCGUAUUCGACAAUCGGCGCAAGGUACCAAAUGUCGUGUAUUUAUUAUCGAGACAAUGGGUGGUUAUUGUGGAUACUUAGCGACAGUCGCUGGUCUGGCCGGAGGUGCUGAUGCAGCAUAUAUUUUCGAAGAAAAGUUUAAUAUCAAAGAUUUGAAUCAAGAUGUCAUUGCGAUGGCGGCGAAGAUGUCAGAAGGUGUUCAACGAGGUCUCAUCCUCAGAAACGAAAACGCCAAUCAAAAUUAUAGUACCGAUUUUAUGCAAAGACUUUUCAGUGAGGAGGGAAAGGGUUUAUUCAGUAGCAGGAUGAACAUAAUUGGUCAUAUGCAACAAGGUGGUUCACCAACGCCUUUUGACCGCAAUUUAGGAACGAAAAUGGGUGCUAAAGCUGUGGAAUGGUUCAGCGAUCAAUUACGAAAAUGUACCGGUUCCGACGGCAAAACCGUCACGACGAAUGCAGACAGUGCUGUGAUGCUCGGUAUCGUAAGACGACAAUACAGAUAUACAUCGUUCAUGGAGCUCCUCGAAGUUACCGACUUUGAGCAUCGUAUUCCGACAUAUCAAUGGUGGAUGAAGCUGCGUCCUUUACUGAAGGUGUUGGCGAAGCACGAGUCGACGUACGAAGAAGAGGGUCUGUAUAUAACCGUUGAGGAAAUGGAUCUUCAAAAUGAUCCGCCACUCGUAUAAAUCGCUAAAUGAAUUAUCUAAAAUCGCGACAAGUAGAUAGACAAAUAGAUAACGUUACACAAAAUAAGUGUCGCUAACUGUGUGAAGAAUAGAUUCCGUUCGAAAGUAUUGUAUGACAUUACGAUAAUUCUGCCUCCGCUCGACAAGGCGAAGGGAAACGAUUUUUAUGUGUACGUAUUUAUCAAAUCGCGCGUCCGAAAUAUCCGAUUGUUUAUUGGUUCUUACGACAAUAGCAAUUGCAAUAACAAAUUCGAGAUGCAAAUUACACGAACAAAUGCAACGGAGAAUCCCGGAUUAUAUUAUUCUUCGGUUUUGAGAGUCGCGUUUAGUAUCUCGAACGUAGACUCGAAUUUUCCAACUCAGGUGAGAAAUAGGUACAAAGGCAGUAUCUGAAGCGCGAGAGAUGUAAGAUAUACUUCAGUCAUGCGAGCUCGGUUCGUGCCAAUAGAAGUGAGGUCUCCCCGUUUGGAUAACGACGAGAUGGCGCGGUAUUGUUACAAUAUAUUUCCUAGUGACGUUAAAAUCGCAUUGUGUGCAAUUUUGAUGUAUAGUAAUGAAAUUACACUAGACACUUCGAUAAAUGUAAAAAUUUCUAGCGUAUAAUAAGGUACACGAAGUUUAGGCGCCAAAUUAUGGAGAAUUACAGAAUCGCUUUCAUCAAACAGAGAGAGAAAGAGAGAAAGAGAGAGAAAUAAACAGAGAAAGAAAAGGAACACGCGACAAAAAUUAAGAAACCAACCAGUGAUACAUUAGAGACUUACAUUUGAUAUGCUGCUCGAAUCCGGUAUACAAUUUUGCUGUCUAGUAAGUUAUUGUGCGAUAUUUUAAUCAGUGCGUGUUUAAUAGUUGAAAUUUUAAUUAAAUUGAAUUCACAUAUGCACAUAUAUAUGUGUGUAUUUAUAUUUAUUAUAUAUAAUAUCCAAAAUUAUAACUCUAGAAAUUUCAGAGUUAUAAAAUAUCGGCUAGUAAAGCUAUCGUAAUAUUUCACAUUAGAAUGUUUGAUUUUAAUUGAACCUCAGAAUAUGCUAUUGAAAUAUCGCACCAUGGUGAAACCAUGGUACAAUUAUCAGAAACGAAAAACAAUUCAUGUUAACUUGUUAGCGUCUUUAGUGAACGAUGAUAUUAUUUUCGAUGUUUUUAUCAUCGUGAAUCAAAAAUUAAAUUCAAGAAUUAAAUUCAGCUUGACGAGAAGUCUUAUUUCGUCAGUUUGCAUUAUACUUGACGUAACAUCCGGUGAAACAUUUGUAACAAGUACGAUUUUCAGUUGCGACACACGGAUCGAGAAGUGAAUCAGAUUGUGAAAUUUCGAGAGUUUUACAGAUUAAACUUUGUGAAUUGUAUUUGUGGUCUACUAAGGUAUAGGAUUAAAAAUUAAUGUGGCAUUUUGUGCGUUGAUGAAAAUGUUUAUCCUUCGGUUUAGCGUUUACUCGAAGCUAUAAAAAGCUAUUGGAGAAUAUACCUGUCUACCUCAAAACAUAAUUUUGCAACGGUGAACGUACGACUCACGCAGUAGAAGGGAAGAGAUAGAAAGAGAGGAAGAGAGAUCGACCCGUGAGUCGCGCUCUGGUUGCAUGUAACAUUAAAGAAUUUCGCUAAAAUUUAAGGCUUGUGACCACAAACGAGUACUUAGAUUUAAUUCCUUUUCUCUUACUAUACUCGUAUAUUUAUCUUUCGACGAAAUCGUGCAAACUAUUAAUAAUCUCUUGUAAUUGUUUUCUCGGCGUAUAUAAGGUAGCGUUCUCGUCUCGUGCUCUUGCGAGAUUCUAUAGAGACCAGGCAGUUGCAUUUUGGUGACCACUGGAAAUUAUAAUUAUGUCUCGCGUGCCGUACAACUCGCUCGCUCGCUCGUUCACGUUCGCAUAUCCGCUUGUAUGCGUAAAUGAGUAACAUUACCGAGCGUGAUUAACGGGAGUACGAACGUAAAAGAGAUGGGAAGAAAGAGAGGGAGAGGGAGAGACUCGUGUAUGUGUGUGCAUGCAUGUUGUAUGUAUGCGCCCGUUGUAGCGUGUACUUUUCAUAAUUUUCUCUACAUAAGUAAUUCGCGCACCCGCCAACCCGCUCGCGUGAAGAAUCGCGGAGCACGCCACGAUCUUUCGUUUUGAAUGCCGCCGCACUUAGCACUCGCAACUCGCGUCGACUUGCACAUAAGAUUGGCUUAAUAGAUAACGUUCGAUGCGUGCAUGCGUAAAGAGAAAAAGAAAGAAGCAAGGACAAGUAAACAAACUUCGAAAGUACAAUAAUUAUACGCGCGUAUGUUACGAGUUUGCUCUCGAAUUAGGGUAUUAACGUAAGAUCGUAAAAUGUAAUAUACGUAAAAAGAGUUAUAGAUUGCUUGUUUCUCAAAUCGUUAUCGAAGUACGUAUGUAUGAUCUACUACUUGGUAGUGUAUACGACAAGUAGGAGAUUAUAACUCUCGUUUGAAAAGCAAUCGAAUAAUACCACUAACACGACAUUUAAUCAUUUAAACGUCGUAUCGCAUAGAGAUUUUCUUCGUUUAUUCGUUACUACAGCAAGAGGCUACAAAGGCAACCAAAGAGAUCGUAUUUGAACGAAACUGAGGCGCGAUGAUGGGGGAGACACAAAGGCUGUCGUCAAUUUUAUUUGUGUGUCAAAUUAUUAAGUCUAUUCUUUUUAGCUGCAUUAGCGCAGCAACUUUGUUCUUUUUCCCUGUGAUACACUCGUUUCACUUCAGAGGAAAAAGAUGCAAUCUAAUUCAGGUAAAAAGAACAGACAAAUUCGCAAAUUGUAUCCGAGCAUUGAAACACGUUUUAUCGUACAUUCUCGUGUGUGUCUCGAUGAAUUUUUAUCAUGAAAGCGACUAUGUUGCUAGAACUCGCACCCGACGUGUUAAUAUAUAUUCGGACAGUUAUUUGAUUCGCGUAUCUCUUCGUCGACAUACUAAUAUGUAUAAUUAACUGUAGUUAUGCAAGAACGAUUCAACCUACAUGAAGUAUGUUUUGAGAAAAAUGAAAAUAAACAUUUGAUACAUGAUUUAAAAAGUACAGAUUGCACUUUCUUUGCAAUUAUUCAAGAAGUUAAGCAUAGUCAAUUUUCUUCUUUUUAACGAUAUUCAUUGAUAAAUUUAAUCCUUGGCAAUAGGUAAAAAAGAUGCAACCAGUAGAAAGUGAAAACUGCUUUUUAAUUAAUUUUAGACGUUCAUGAGGUUUGGAUCUUUUUUGUUUUUUAUGUAGAAAGUCGUAUGAAUUACUCAUUGAUAAAACAAAAACCAAAAAAAUCAUAAUUUUGUAGAUUGGAUUAUUCUUGUAUAACUAUGGCCAAUUAUAACAUGUGUAAUUAUCGAGCGCUGUAUUUAUCGCACUGUACUGCAAAGCUGUACACGCAGAAACGUACAAAUGGUACUCGCGUAAUGUCGAACUGUUAGCUGUUCCCGGCGCAUUGGCGCAUUAAGGAUACGCGUGUAUAGAAAUGAGAUAUUAUUUUUAAGAUUUCAGAGAUAUAUUUUCGAGUCAUUGUUGAUCAAUGAAUUUACAUCCGAGAUCCGUGACGUAUAUAUAGUAUUACAUUUAUCAUAAUUUAUUUUUUCUCUUCCGAUGUGAUCGGCAUCCCACCGCACUUUCGACGGCGCGACGCGUAUUAUAUUGUAUACAUUUGUCAAAAAUUCGGAAUUUCGAUCGAGAUCGAUUGUCUAAAUCGACGAACGUAUAAAUCUGGCGGUAUGAAUACGUAUUAUCAUACACAUUGACGAUGUUGUAUCUAUGUCGUGAAAUAAACUAAAUCUUCUAAACAUGUUA